AUGGACAUCGUCUUUGGGUUUCCCAAAGUCUUUCACAAGAACAAUGGUAUUCUUGUGUCUGUUGAUCGGUUCACCGAGAUGAUACAUCUUGUUGGCGUAUCGGAGUCAAUCACAGCCCAUGGCUGUGCGCGUGUCUCCAUCGAUACUAUCUUUCGACUUCACGGGUUACCCCGUGAACUCGUGUCCGAUAGGGACCCCCUCUUCACAGCAGAGUUCUGGCAAUCCUUGUGGCGUUCCCUAGAAACACGUUUGACGAUGUUGACUUCUGAUUAUCCAGAAACAGAUGGUCACACGGAACGCGUCAACCGCGUCCUCGAAGAGAUACUUCGAGGAUAUGUCCACUCGUUUACGAGCUGGAGUGAGUUCUUGCCGAUGGCGGAAUUCGCCAUCAACAACUCGGUGCAUGCGUUGACAACGCAUGCACUCUUCUUCGUGAAUGGCCUACGUCAUCCACGCUUACCCGCCUUCUUAGAGUGUGACUCUAGUUUUAGGGGGUGGACUCGCUCGAGCAAAAACCGAUCUGGUUCUUGCUCAUCACCCGUCGACAAUGGUGUCGACGUGAUGGGUGCCGAUAUCGAUGCGGUCGAUAUCGAUGAUGGUGAUGACGAUGAUGCUAGUAUGUUCAGCAUCGCCAAUGACUGCCAAAGUGAGGACGAUUACACCCUCACUGGUGAAGACAACGUUCUUUCAGCAGUGCACACGAAGCGCACUGCUGUUGACAAGGAUGAAUCAGCAGAGGAAUCUCUUCUGACUCGCGAAGCGGUCAUCCGCUUCGUUCAAGACUCUUUUGCAAUUGCAUCAGACAGACAGAAGAGAAACGCAGACAAACAGGGAAGAGCAAAUGCUCUUGUUUUACUGUCUACAAUAAACCUACCAUAA